AUUCAAUUUCAACCCCAACCCUUAGGCCACACUUAUAAAUGUGAAGGUUGCUUUGAAUUGAAAAAAAAAUGGCUCUUGUUCACAAGCCUUCAUAUACAAUGGCUUCAUCAUUACUAUUCGUAGCCACUCUUGUCGUCGCAUUUUCACGCACGAAUGCGACGACGGAUUUGAUCGGCAGCAUUUGCCGAAAGGCACAGAGGCCCGCGACAUGCACACGCGCGCUGAGGUCGGACCCGCGCACCAAAUCCGCCAACUUGAGUACCCUCGCCGCCAUCGCGAUCGACGUGUCGACAAAGCACGCCAAAACCUCGCACGCCCUCGUGCAAUCCCUCAUCGCGGGAGCGAAGAACCCCGAGUCCAAAUCGAGGUACUCGUCGUGCUUGGAUAACUACCGGGACUCGAUCGACUCGCUCCAGCGUUGCCUCGAUUUCUUGAAGAAUAAGGACUACGGGAGCCUGGACUCUUACGCUUCCGGGGCUUUGGAUUUCCCGGAAACUUGCGACAACGACUUCGAGGAAGCCGCUGCUCGCGAGUCCGGGAAACUCAAAGCCGCGAGCGUGAAGCUUCAAGAUCUUUGUGACGUUAUAUUGAUUAUUAGCAGCAAGUUAAGCGGACGAGUGGUGGAGUAAUUAUAUAUAGGCGUGUAUAUACAUGUACUUCAAUUUUUUGUGCUUUUGCUUUUGAGUACCAAUUCAAUGUUUAAUUUGGAGUAGCUAUGCAGGAAAUGGGGAUUUCAAAUAACUAACAACAUGUUUG